CAGCACAGGAUCACGCAGAUUCAUAUAGUGAUAAACUCAAUGCCAAUGUCAUCACUAACUAACUGCCUCGUGUGAUCGACGACAGGGGCGGAUUGAUCGCUUCUCUAGCUUAUCUAUUGGAGAUUAGUUUACCUUUAGGACUCAUUUGAUAUCGUCGACAAUAUCAUACUUUAUUGGGAAGUGACUCGGCAUUGGGAAUUACAGCUGAGCUGUAAUUACGAUGUCUCGGACUGCAUGGCGAGAAGAAAAUGGGGGAGAGCGCUACAAUGGUGGGUUUGAGUCCCCAGAUUCCCCCGAUGCUGGCUACAGACAUUACAACCCUCGUGUCGCUGCCGUGGCCUCUCCCGGUGGGUUCGACGGGCGAUACAUCGUGGAUGAAUCAAAUUCUUCAGGGACCGAUGGGUAUCUUCAGGGAUAUGAGAACAAGUCGAGGGUAAAACGAGGAAGAGCCCUGGUCGUGUUGUGUCUCAUUGCUGUGGUCUGUUUCCUCAUCUUGGCUGGCGUGGUCGGACUAAUCAUUGGAAUACUUCUGACCCAAGAGGAUACCUCUGUGGAUGCGACUGCGGGGCCAUCACAGACAUCUCACAUGACAACAAUGACAACAGGGAUUCAACCGAGCGACAGUGACAUUACCUUCAAUCUUGAGGUAACACUGAAUGAUAAGGAGUUCACGGAGGCGCUCAGAGAUAACUCGUCAACGGAAUAUAUGGAAGCGGUCAACGAAAUAACGGAAGCUAUCGAUGCUCAGUAUGGCAACGAUCCGAACUAUGUUGGUGUUGAGGUCCUUGAUAUUCGACAAGGCAGCUGGCGAGCAUUCCUUAGGAUAGUUUUCAGACUUUUGACUGGAGGUCCUGAUGAGCUGGUGAAUGUACUUGAUAAAAUAACUGAGAGAAUAACCCAAGCCGCUAAUACGAUUUCAAACGAUGUUUCACCGGUAACAUUUACUUCAGGUGUCUGUGAUAACGACCUUUGUCAGAACGGAGGUACCUGCACUAAUACGGAAAACAAUUCUAAUUUCACGUGUUCCUGCGCCGUCGGAUUCACAAGCAGAACCUGUUCAAACAUUGAUGACUGCGCAGGAGGGCCUUGUGCUAAUGAUGGAACUUGCCAGGACGGUGUAAAUGGUUUCACUUGUACAUGUCCAUCUGGAUGGGAGGGCAAUAUAUGUGAUACAGAUACGAAUGAAUGUCAGAACAACCCAUGCGGUAGCCAGGGAACAUGUGUCAACACUGAAGGAUCCUUCACCUGCAACUGUAUCUCUGGUUACGAAGGUCCCGUAUGUGACGCCGAUAUUGAUGAAUGUGCCACCGAUCCUUGUCAGAACGGGGGAACUUGCCAGAAUGUUGAAGGCUCCUACACGUGCCAAUGCAUUACAGGAUGGGAAGGCCAGGAUUGUGAAGCAGAUGUCAACGAAUGCGACACGAAUCCAUGCCAGAAUUCAGGUGUCUGUAUCAACAACGACGGUUCUUUUACGUGUGAUUGUAGACCUACCGGACACACAGGACCUCUAUGUGAAAAUGACAUAGACGAAUGUGCAUCUAACAACCCUUGUCAGAAUGGAGGCACUUGUAACAACUUAGCUGGAACCUAUGAAUGCACAUGUAUUUCGGGAUAUGAAGGAACCAAUUGUGAAAACGAAAUAGACGAAUGCACACCAAACAAUCCUUGUCUAAAUGGAGCGACUUGUACCAGUCUGAUUGGAUCCUAUGAAUGUACCUGUGCAUCAGGAUUCGAGGGAAUGAAUUGCGAAAAUGACAUAGACGAAUGCACGGAAGAUCAACCUUGCUUAAAUGGAGCGACAUGCGUGAACCAAGAGGGAACUUACGAAUGCACCUGCAUAUCAGGGUACGAAGGUAUCCAUUGCGAAGAUGACAUUGAUGAAUGUACAACAAACAACCCUUGCAUGAAUGGAGCGACUUGUGUCAAUCAAGAAGGAAGCUAUGAAUGUACCUGUAUUGAAGGAUAUGAGGGGGUAGAUUGUCAAAAUGACAUAAACGAAUGCACGGCAAAUAACCCUUGCUUAAAUGGAGCGACUUGCAUGAACCGAGAGGGAACCUACGAAUGCAACUGUGUAUCAGGAUAUGAAGGAAACCAUUGUGAAGAUGACAUUGAUGAAUGUACAACUAACGACCCUUGCAUGAAUGGAGCGACUUGUGCAAAUCAAGAAGGAAGCUAUGAAUGUACCUGUGUUGAAGGAUAUGAGGGGGUAAAUUGUCAAAAUGACAUAGACGAAUGCACGACAGAUAACCCUUGCUUAAAUGGAGCGACUUGCGUGAACCAAGAGGGAACUUAUGAAUGCACCUGUGUAUCAGGGUACGAAGGAAUCCAUUGUGAAGAUGACGUUUAUAACGAAUGCACGGCAGAUAACCCUUGCUUAAAUGGAGCGACGUGCUCGAACCAAGAGGGAACCUACGAAUGUACCUGCGUUUCAGGAUAUGAAGGAAACCAUUGUGAAGAUGACAUAGACGAAUGCAUAACUGAUAACCCUUGUAUGAAUGGAGCAACUUGUACCAAUCAAAAUGGAACCUAUGAAUGCACAUGUGAAAAUGGAUAUGAGGGAAGCGAUUGUGAAAAUGACAUAGACGAGUGUACUUCUGAUAUGCCUUGUAUGAAUGGAGCGACUUGUAUCAACCAAAAUGGAACCUAUGAAUGUACUUGCACCAGAGGAUAUGACGGGAAAGACUGUGAGAAUGACAUAGACGAGUGUAUCAGGGAUAACCCCUGCAUGAACGGAGCAACUUGUAUCAACACAGAUGGAACCUACGAAUGCAAUUGCACAAAAGGAUACGAAGGAACUAAUUGUGAAAAUGACAUAGACGAGUGUAUAUCUGGAGACCCUUGUAUGAAUGGAGCGACUUGUAUCAACCAAGACGGAACCUAUGAAUGUGAUUGUUCAGAAGGAUACGUUGGAAUGAAUUGUCAGUUUGAGGGAUGCACCUCCGACAGUCUUUGUAUGAACGGAGGUACGUGUGUCAACCAAACUGGAAGUUACGAAUGUCUCUGCAUUGGAUAUGAUGGGGAUCAUUGUGAAAAUGACAUAAACGAAUGUACAACCAGCAACCCCUGUUUGAAUGGAGCGACUUGUAUCAACCACAAUGGAACCUAUGAAUGUACCUGUGCAGAAGGAUAUGAAGGAAUGAAUUGUAAAAAUGACAUGAACGAAUGCACAUCGCAAAACCCUUGUGUGAACGGAGCGACCUGUCUGAAUCAAAUCGGGACCUAUGAAUGCACUUGCACUACAGGGUUUAAUGGAACUAAUUGUGAAAACGACAUAGACGAGUGUGCCACAGCCGAUACGUGCAUGAAUGGAGCUACUUGUACCAACCAAAAUGGAACCUAUGAAUGCACCUGCAUGAAUGGAUAUGAUGGGAAAAAGUGUGAAAACGACAUAAACGAAUGCACAUCGCAAAACCCUUGUGUGAACGGAGCGACCUGUCGUAAUCAAAUCGGGACCUAUGAAUGCACUUGCACCACUGGGUUUAAUGGAACUAAUUGUGAAAACGAUAUUGACGAAUGUUCCAUUGAUAACCCUUGUGAGAAUGGAGCGACUUGUAUCAACAAAAAUGGAACCUAUGAAUGUGUUUGCGAUGGAUAUGAAGGAACCCAUUGUGAAAAUGACAUAGACGAAUGCACAUCGCAAAACCCUUGUGUGAACGGGGCGACAUGUCUGAAUCAAAACGGUACCUAUGAAUGCACUUGCACCACAGGGUUUAAUGGAACUAAUUGUGAAAACGAUCUAGAUGAAUGUGCCAUUGAUAACCCUUGUAUGAAUGGAGCAACUUGUAUCAACAAAAAUGGAACCUAUGAAUGUGUUUGCGAAGAAGGAUAUGAAGGAACCCAUUGUGAAAAUGAAACUGAGACUAUGGCAUCUGUAAAUCUACAGAUUUCCCUUAAUGAUAGGAACUUCACGGAGGCGCUCAGAGACAACACGUCCAUGGAGUAUAUGGAAGCUCAGCACAAUAUCUCUACAGCUAUUGCUCGUCAGUACGCCAACAAUUCGAAUUUUGCAGGUGUCGAGAUAAUAGAGAUUCGGCCGGGAAGCUGGGAUGUUCGAUUCAGGGUCCUCUUCAUUAUAAGAAUUGUGCGUUUUCUUUUAGAGUUAUUUGAAUUAUUAAACACCGUUCAGAAUGAAGUUGACGAAGCAGUAUCUACGAUUUCGACCGACUCUUCAUCUACACAACUGACAUCAGGUUAUUGCUUGAAUGAACCGUGCAAGAAUGGAGCUAAUUGCACUGACACUGACGACUUCUUGAACUUCACUUGUUCCUGCGUCACUGGAUUCACAGGAAGAACUUGUUCAAUAAAUAUCGAUGACUGCGAAGGACAGACUUGUGCUAAUGGAGGCACCUGUGUGGACGGUAUAAACACUUUUACCUGCGCCUGUCUCUCUGGAUGGGAAGGGGAACUGUGUGAAACAGAUAUAGAUGAAUGCAUGUCUGAGAGCCCUUGUAUAAAUGGAGCAACUUGCAUCAAUCAUAAUGGAACCUAUGAAUGUACUUGUACAGAAGGAUAUGAAGGCAUGGAUUGUGAAAAUGACAUAAACGAGUGUAUCACUGAUAAUCCCUGCAUGAAUGGAGCGACUUGUAUCAACCAAGAUGGAACCUAUGAAUGCAAUUGCACAAAAGGAUAUGAAGGAGCUCAUUGUGAAAACGAUAUAGAUGAAUGCGUGCUUGUUAGCCCUUGCAUGAAUGGAGCGACCUGCAUCAACCACAAUGGAACCUAUGAAUGUACCUGUACAGAAGGAUACGAAGGCAUGGAUUGUGAAAAUGACAUUGACGAGUGUAUCACUGAUAAUCCCUGCAUGAAUGGAGCGACUUGUAUCAACCAAGAUGGAACCUAUGAAUGCAAUUGCACAAAAGGAUAUGCAGGAGCUUAUUGUGAAAACGAUAUAGAUGAAUGCGUGCUUGUUAGCCCUUGCAUGAAUGGAGCAACCUGCAUCAACCACAAUGGAACCUAUGAAUGUACCUGUACAGAAGGAUAUGAAGGCAUGGUUUGUGAAAAUGACAUAAACGAGUGUAUCACUGAUAAUCCCUGCAUGAAUGGAGCGACUUGUAUCAACCAAGAUGGAACCUAUGAAUGCAAUUGCACAAAAGGAUAUGCAGGAACUUAUUGUGAAAACGAUAUAGAUGAAUGCGUGCCUGAGAGCCCUUGUUUAAAUGGAGCAACUUGUAAAAACCAGAAUGGAACUUAUGAAUGUACCUGUACAGAAGGUUAUGAAGGCAUGGAUUGUGAAAAUGAUACUGAUGAAUGCGAAACGGAUAACCCGUGUCUGAAUGGAGCAACUUGUAUUAACCAACAGGGAACCUAUGAAUGCGACUGUCCACCGGGAUUUGUUGGAAUGAAUUGUAAACAUGAGGGAUGCACUUCAGAUAAUCCUUGCAUGAAUGGAGCGACAUGUGUGAACCAAAAUACUACCUAUAAAUGCAUCUGUGCAGAUGGAUACGAGGGGAAAAAGUGUGAAAAUGAAACUAAUGUAUGUGAGACAGAUAACCCUUGUAUGAAUGGAGCGACUUGUAUCUACCAAAAUGGAACCUAUGAAUGCAAUUGUCCCGCAGGAUUCCUUGGAAUACACUGUGACCACGAGCGUUGCAUCUCUGAUAAUCUCUGCAUGAAUGGAGCGACAUGUGUGAACCAAAAUACUACCUAUAAAUGCAUCUGUGCAGAGGGAUACGAGGGGAAAAAGUGUGAGAAUGAAACUAAUGAAUGUGAGACGGAUAACCCUUGUAUGAAUGGAGCGACUUGUAUCUACCAAAAUGGAACCUAUGAAUGCGAUUGUCCCGCAGGAUUCCUUGGAAUACACUGUGAACACGAGCGUUGCACCUCUGAUAAUCUCUGCAUGAAUGGAGCGACAUGUGUGAACCAAAAUACAGCCUAUAAAUGCAUCUGUGCAGAGGGAUUCGAGGGGAAAAAGUGUGAACAUGACCACGUAGAAUGCGGCUAUCGACCAGCAAGCCCUUCAACCAGCCCGAGAAUCAUUGGUGGAAGGUAUUCCCAAUGGGGGGAUUGGCCGUGGAUGAUUUCUUUACGGGACAGCGAUAAUAAUCACCGAUGCGCAGCCGUGGUCAUCAGCAGAGAAGUCGCGGUCACAGCAGCCCACUGUGUGGAUAAAUUUGAAACUGCUGUACUUGGUGACUUGAAGCUGUCAAUCCCUUCUGCGUUUCACUUGGAAGUUGAGGUGCAGACUAUCAUCCAUCCAGAAUAUGACGGCGAGUUAAUUACGAAUGACAUUGCUCUGAUUUUCUUUGAUGAUCCCCUUGAAUUUGACAACAAUUACACAAGACCAAUAUGUUUAUCUGAGAAAGAAGAUCCAUCGAACUACACAAAGUGUUAUGUGUCUGGUUGGGGGCUAACGAGCGAAGGACACAUAUCGGACACCAUGCAAGAGGCUGAAGUCGAACUGUUUAGUCAGGAGGAGUGUGAAAGCUUCUACCAAGAUAGAAAUAUCACUUCUGGUAUGAUCUGUGCUGGUCGUGUCUCAGGGGACAUGGAUACAUGUCAGGGGGAUACCGGGGGCCCUCUACAGUGUGAAGAUGAAACUGGUCGGAUGUAUCUGAUAGGGAUCACUAGCUUUGGAUAUGGCUGUGGAAAGGAAAACUAUCCUGGGGUAUACACCCGAGCAUUUGAAUACUUGGACUUCAUCAAAAGCGCAGAACCAGAGGAAAUGGGAGGAGAUGUAACAUCUAUUGUUCUAAAUCUUUGGGACUCUGUGGAGAUUGGAGGAAUCCUAUUCAAUGAACCUGAAAAGACGUGGUACGUAACAACCUCUGGUGCACCUACCUUGAAUAUCACAUUUGAGUACUUCAAUCUGGAGAGGGUAUUUGAUCGACUGAUCAUCGGCCUUGGUGAGGACGCCACUGAUGGGUCUACAAUCAUUGCGGACUCGGAUACAUCCAUUGCUCAAUUCUACCACAUCCAGGGACAGAGUAUCUGGUUCAAGUAUUCAUCUGAUGCAGUGCCAGUCUAUGAAGAAAAUGGUUUCAGGGCUACUGUUGAGGCAACUUCUAUGCUAGCUUCAGUUUCGUGUAUGAAUGGACCGUGUGGUGAUUCAAAUAUUUGUGAUGAUUUUGACUCUGGUUACUCUUGCACCUGCUUGGAAGAAAGACCUUUCACUGACUGCCAUGAUAUUUCAAGAUACUACCAUGAUGUUCCCGAGAUGCAGUGCAGAUUUGAAGAUGUCCAAUGUGGAUGGGAACAAGUGGAAAAUCCCCGUGAUAACUGUGAUUGGCAUCUCGGUGAUUCCAGUUUAGAGCUGUCCUAUUGUGCAAAUUCACCCAUCAAGUAUACUGGUCUCAUCAGCCCCUUGCUCAGCCGGUCAGAUGAUGACGAUGACAAGACCCUUUGUUUCACCUUCACUUAUCUGCUUUCUGCUUUGGAUGGAGAAAUUGUGGUCAGUUUUAUUCAACAAGAUACCCGUCAGAAAGAACUUCUAUCUGAUUUCAAGGGUGACGUUGGCUUUGACCAAGAGAUGUUUGGUCUAGUUGAUCUCUCUGUCCCUGGGUCUGGAUGGCUAUUGUUUGAAGGUUUCCAAGGCGAAGAGGGCAACAAUCGUGUGAUAGUCAACCAGAUUAAUUUGUCCAGCUGCAAUAAAUCAGUUGAUGGAGAAGGUGACAUCUUUCUCGCGCAAGAUAUGACUUUCUUCCUGCUCUCUCCUGACUACCCCAAUCUGUAUCCCAAUCUGUUUGAUCAAACCUGGUUGAUCACUGCUCCGGAGGGCUAUGGAACUGGAUUCAACUUCAUUUUCUUGGAUAUUGAGCCCGUCUUCGACACCCUGGUCUUUGGAGUAGGGCAUAACCCAGAUGAAAAUGAGAGUAUAAUUAGGAUCAUCUUGGCUCCUGACAGCAACCGCGAGCCAAUCUUCCUCACCAGAACACUCUCCUGGGUUACAUUUCACACUGACUACACUUUCAGAUCUGCUGGUUUUGUUAUUGCUCUAAGAGCACUGGAAGUCUCAGAAUAUUUCAGAUGCAAUGAUAGUAUCAGCGCUGUUCCGUUGACCUCUCUGUGUAAUAGACGUGACGAUUGCCCAGACAGUAGUGAUGAAUGGAAUUGCGCGAUGAGAGAGGGAGAUGUCCGCCUUGCCAAUGGGUCCACUGCAGACCAAGGUCGGGUUGAGAUCUACUACAAUGGUCAGUGGGGGACCAUCUGCGGUGAUGGUUGGGAUGAUCGUGAUGCCAGGGUUGUAUGUCGACAACUUGGAUACCCAGAGGGUGUAGGUGAAGCCUUGUAUGCUUGGUAUGGUUACUAUUCUCCAGGAACUGGUCCGAUACACCUUGAUAACGUUGUUUGUGACGGAAAUGAAUCUAUUUUGGUGGAAUGUGGCAGCAGUGGUUGGAAUGAUCACAACUGUGACCACAAUGAAGAUGCAGGUGUUUCCUGUGUAGUUAUAUAUGAUGGAGAUGUCCGCCUGGUCGGUGGUAGCAAUUCACACCAAGGUCGGGUUGAGAUCUACUACAGUGGUCAGUGGGGGACUGUCUGCGAUGAUGGUUGGGAUGAUCGUGAUGCCAGGGUUGUAUGUCGACAGCUUGGAUACCCAGAGGGUGUAGGUGAAGCCUUGUAUUAUUGGGAUGGUGAUUAUUCUCCAGGAACUGGUCCGAUACACCUUGAUGAUGUUGCUUGUGACGGAAAUGAAUCUAGUUUGGCUGAAUGUGGCAGCAGAGGUUGGAAUAGUCACAACUGUUACCAUGGAGAAGAUGCAGGCGUUUCCUGUGAAGAACCUGGACCUGAACAUCAUUAUGUCUACCUGUAUAUUGGUGAUACAGAGGUGAUAUCAUCGCCCAAUCAUCCUUCUAAUUAUCCACCAAAUACUGAUAUUACAUGGUACAUCACUGCACCAUCAAACUACUCUGUAAUCAUCAGAUAUCUUGCUUUCAACCUGGAAGACUUUGAUUUCUUGAGCAUAGGGUAUGGUCACACGCCUGGAAAUGAGCUCAUAAAGAAUGUCACUGGAGAAGAUGUGCCUAUAUAUACAAGAUUGAACAGCUCUACGAGUUGGAUACGAUUCAAAAGCGACAGUUCGAUACAAGCUCAAGGAUUUCAGCUACAACUGAUAUUGAUUCCUGCAUCCUUAAUAGAUUUAUAUUUAUGUGAAGAUCUUAGUAACAUCGUAGAUAAAAUGUCACAGUGUGAUAUCUUCCCCGAUUGCGAUGAUCUAUCUGAUGAAAAUCAAUGUGAUUACCAGUUAGAAUCUGGCACGGUUAUCAGCUUGGCUUCACCCAACUACCCAGCGUAUUACCCUCCGAAUUCCAAUGUUAAUUGGACUUUCCAGUAUGCAGAAGGAGUAGAUGAUACCAACAUUGUAUAUGUCAUACGAUUUGGAAAUAUAGCACUCUAUUGGGGUGACUACCUGACAGUUGGAUCUGGUUCAGAUAUCCUCCGGAGAUAUGGCAACCCUUAUUUUGGGCAGCCACCAGACCUGACAAUACCAGCGGGUGAUAUCUAUAUUGCAUUUAGUUCUGAUGGGAUCAUUGAGAGAAGCGGGUUCAACUUGACACUCUUGGUUUUGUACGAUGAUCGAGAGCCGGUUUCAGGUCUCGUGUUUGUCGCAAACCCUGGUUUUGACAAUAUUCAGGUAGCAGCUUUUGAUGAUUUUGAUGUGUUCUCUUUGAACUUCACGUCCUUUGCACAAUCCGAUGGAAGUUAUCCUCUAGAUGUUGCCUUUGAUCCAUAUAUUGAGACUGUGUUCUGGACUGACUCUAACCAUGGUAUCCUGCGAGGGAGCCUUGAUGGAUUAAAUCAGUAUACACUUUAUUCCAAUACGUCUUUUCCAGAAGGUUUAGCACUUGAUUUGAUGCAUCAGACGGUGUAUUGGACGGAUACAGGAUUAGAUGAAAUCAGCUCUAUAUCUUACAAUGGCACAAUGAAACAAAUUAUUAUUAACACAGAUUUGGAUAGACCUAGAGCGAUUGUCAUACAACAAGAAUUAAGAGUGAUGUUUUGGUCAGACUGGGGCAUUCGACCAAAGAUUGAGCGAGCUAAUUUAGAUGGAUCCAAUAGAACAAUCAUUGUGGAUUGUGACGGCACAUGUCGAUACCCAAAUGGGAUUUCUCUCAAUGACAACGGCACUUUGCUAUAUUGGAUAGAUAACUAUAAUGAUAAGGUUGAAGUUGUUGAUCUAUGGGGUGCAAACAGAAGAACCAUUCUUCAAUUGGAGAAUGUAGGACCUUAUGAUAUUGCUGUAUUCAAGUCAAACAUUCUUUGGACUGAGUUUGAUUCAGCACUAUCACAUGCUUGGACAUAUGCUAAUGGCAGUGGUGUUGUUAUGGACACUGCACCGGACGUGUUCUCCUCUCCAAGGGGAAUUCAUGUUUAUAUAGGAAAUAUCAGUGGCUUCACUUUACCAACACCACAACUGCCAACACAACCACCCCCAGCAGAGUCAACAACAGGUCUUCCUAGUACAACUCCUAUGGAUACAUCAAUCGACCUCGAUGUCGGAGAAUCCCACGAGAUCCGGUCCCCAGGUUAUCCUGACUCCUACCCAAACAAUGCAAUGACUACCUGGUACAUCACAACACCUUCAGACUACACCUUGGAAAUCAUAUUCCAUGAUUUCAAUCUGGAACCAAAAUUUGACGGUCUAAGCAUAGGGAAAGGUCAUACACCAGGGAGUAUGCUGUGGAAGCGUCUUUCUGGAUUAGAAUUAUCUUCCCCUCCUAUCAGAUUCAGUGGUUCUGAGUUUUGGAUGGUGUUCACCAGUGACAUAUCAGAUACAUAUCAGGGAUUUCUACUAGAGCUAGUAGUGGUUUCUGAGUCUACAGAGUGUGGCAGUGGCUCUUUCAGAUGUAACAACAAGAAUUGCCUGUUGAAUGCUACGGUGACCUGUGAUGGCCGAGAUGACUGUGGAGACUUUUCUGAUGAGGAAUAUUGUCCUUCGUGUGUUCCUAUUCCAAGUUCUGUGUGUGGACAAUUGCCAUACAACUUGACAUACUUUCCAAACCGCCUGUUUGAAACCUCUGAAGAUGCAGUUGCUUAUUACGAUUUUCUAUUCCAGGUAAACAGUAUUGGAACUUGUCAUCCAAGGAUGUCGGACUUUGCUUGUAAUAUCAUGUUCCCGGAGUGUACUCAUCAUGGCCCAACCAUCCGACCAUGCUACAAAGAUUGUGUGAAUGUGACACUGAAUUGUAAAGACGUGUAUGAAUCUUUUGGCGAACUCUGGCCUGUGGAUUGUGAAGACUUCUCAGAUGCAGAGCGAAUCCCUACUGGAUACUGCCGUGGAACAUCAACAGAUCUGUUUCAAACUGAUAUCUGUGGUACAAGACCAGGAUUUGGAAAGGAGCAGGAGUUUGCAGAGAUAGUAGGUGGGGUCAAUGCAUUCUCUGGCGAAAUUCCAUGGAUAGUCUAUUUGGAAAGUGACGAUAAUUUAUUCUGUGGAGGUACUUUGAUUACCUCUAAAUGGGUAGUGACUGCAUCCCACUGUGUUGAUGAUGGUAAAAGAGUAGAUGCUGUUGUCCUUGGAGCUCUUAACAGCGAAAGCCCUUCUGAGUAUCAGCAAAGAAUUGAACCCAGUGGAAUAUUUCUUCAUCCUGACUACAAUUUUGGUAUCGAGUUCAAUGCGGACAUAGCACUCAUCGAGCUGUCCACACCAGUCAAUUUCACCGAUUUCAUCAGACCUGCAUGUCUUGCAAAUUCAUCCAAAGAAAGCUCCCUCUACAGCCCUUGCUUGAUUGCUGGAUGGGGGAAUGACGGAAAUGGUAAUUAUCCAGAACACUUGCAGAAGGCAGUUGUCACUUUGUUUGAAGUUGACGAAUGUAGGAGUUUUUACGGAAAUUACUCUGUUAAUGAGAACAUGCUAUGUGCAGGAUAUGAAAGAGGAGAGAUAGAUUCCUGUGAUGGUGACAGUGGCGGCCCGUUGGUGUGUGAAGGCGGAGACGGCAGAUGGCAUUUGGUUGGUGUAACCAGCUUUGGAAGGGGAUGUGCAAGACAAGGUUUUCCAGGCGUUUAUGCAAGGGUCUCUAAGCUAUUGCCUUUCAUCCUCAGCAUUGUGGAAAGUAAUACAGAUACUGCUCCCUCAUCCACAGGUCUUCCUAGUACAACUCCUAUGGAUACAUCAAGUAAGUACCAAGACAACUGCUCAUAA